AUGUGGCGUAGUUUCCUGGGGUUGAACACCGAGCCGAAAGUAGAACCGGAAGAAGGCGAGGAAUCUGAGCAAGAAGCCAGUGUUCAGAAGAAACCGGAACCGGAAGACCGUAAGCCCGUGGUGGUUCAACUUCCGCUGACUCCGAAGCAACGGCACACGGAGAGCAAGCGGAAAAUGGCGGACGAAGCAGUGCAGGCGUUGCUGAACAGGCGCGGACAUGUGAAGGGCAAGUUGACGCGGGUCAGGACUGUCCUCGGCCAGCCUGGAAUCCCAGCAGCGCGGAUCGUAGUCUGCAAGGCGAACGCUGAAAAGUACUACGGUGAGUACAACAGCCUUAACAACAAUAUUAUGGACGCAAGGUUGUCGGAAGAGCAGAGGACCGAGAACGCCGAACGGUUCUUGGACUUCGAGCAGCUCUACGACGAGGUGCUGGAGAAGAUCGUUGAGCUCACAGCACCACCGAAUCGUGCCCAAGCAGUCGUCCCUGCCGGACAGGCUGGUCAGCAGGUGAUUGUUCAGCAGACGCCUUUGCGUGCACCGAUUCCAACGUUUGACGGCCAGUACGAGAACUGGCCGAAGUUCAAGUCGAUGUUCCUGGAGCUGAUGAAGAACUCGCCAGACUCGGACGCCAUCAAGCUGCACUAUUUGGACAAGUCUCUGGUGGGUGCAGCGACGGGCAUGAUCGACACGAAGACGCUUCAGGACAACAACUAUGCGCACGCGUGGGAGAUCCUCGAGGACCGGUACGAGAACCGACGCCUGAUCAUCGACAUCCACAUCAACGGGAUCUUGCAGCUAAAAAGGAUGGCGAAGAAGUCGUCAAAGGAGCUGCGAGAGCUGUACGAGGAGUGUUCGAGACACGUUGAAAACUUACGGUACCACAAGCAGGAGUUGCUGGGUGUAUCGGAGUUGUUCGUCGUCAACAUUCUGUCGUCUUGCUUGGAUCGUGAGACACGCGAGCAGUGGGAAGCUACCGUCAAGAAGGGUGAACUCCCGAAGUAUGCGCAGACGAUCGAAUUCUUGAAGCAGCGGUGCGCCAUCCUGGAACGGUGCGAGUUAGCUGCCCCUGCGUCGUAUGCGGUCCGGUCGGCAGUUCCCAAGGCGGUGCAGUCCUCGAAGACAUCGGCGAAGAUCACCUCGGCAGCCGCGACAUCCAACGAGGCCGAGUGCGAUCUGUGUGACGGGUCUCACGCGAACUACAAGUGUGGCUCGUUUCGCGGCAUGAGUGUUGCGGAGAGAUGGUCGAAGGUACGUGACGCAAGGCUGUGCUACAACUGCUUGCGCAAGGGUCACCGAGUUGGACAGUGUCCGUCGGAUCGAUCCUGUAAGUGCGGUGAGAAGCACCACAGCUUGUUGCACCAGGAGAAGAACCAGCAGCAAACCAAGCCGAAACCAGAAGCGGCUCCGGUAUCAGCGAAGGCGCCGUCAGCAGUGUCAUCCGCCAGCGUGAAGGCUGGUCCCAGCGACACGGGUGCGCCGGAAGUGAACGACUACGAGCAGCAGGCAACCUCGUUCUUCAGCAGCGGAGCGCUGAAGUCACCGCAGCAGGUUCUGCUGCAGACAGCGAUCAUCAACGUGGCGGACAAGGCCGGCAGGUUCCAUCCGUGUCGAACGUUGUUGGAUUCCGGUUCCCAGGCGUACAUUUUGUCGGAGGCGAUGGCACGAACCCUCGGUCUAACCUUCGAAAAGUGCAACGUGACGGUCGUUGGAGCCAACGCAGUGAAGACGCAAGCAAAGAAGGAGUCAACCUUACCUUCUCGUCGAGGUACUCCAACGGGACGGAUCCCGUCGGCAAGAAUCGAGACAGCUGCUUGGCACAUCCCGAAUGACGUGUUCCUGGCAGACCCGAAGUUCAGCGAGCCGCACGAGAUUGACCUGGUCAUGGCGUCGAACUACGUGUGGGACUUGCUGCGAACGGAUCGAGUGAAACUGGCGAACGGCACCGUGACUCUGCGUGAAACCGAUCUGGGCUGGAUCGUGACCGGCGUGUACGACCCGUUCCAGCAGCUGAGUUGCCAAGUCGUCCACUCGAACAUCACGUUGAAGGAUCAGCUGAACAACGCCAUCGAGAAGUUCUGGCUGGUUGAAGAACUAGCAGACAAGCAACUGCAAACCAACGAAGAGCAAGAAGUGGAAGAGCACUUUCGCGGCACCCAUGGCCGUGACGAAAGUGGCCGCUUCGUCGUCCAGUUGCCGUUCAAGGACGAGGUUCUUGAGCUGGGCGACAACCGAGUCCAGGCGUUGAGGAGAUUCAACCUGCUGGAGCGCCGUCUGUCGCGCAACCCGGAACUCCGAGAGCAGUACACGGCGUUCGUCGAGGAGUACGAGGCGCUGGGUCACUGCAAGGAGAUUUAUGAGCAUCAAGAUUCACCAGGAGUGCGUAAGUACUACCUGCCGCACCACGCUGUGCUCAAACCGUCCAGUUCGUCCACGAAGCUGCGGGUGGUUUUCGACGCCAGCGCCAAGGCCGGCAAGUACUCCCUGAACGAUGUGUUGAAGGUGGGACCGACCGUCCAGAAUGACCUGUUCUCCAUCGUUCUGCGGUUCCGUCGCCAUCCGGUCGCAUUCACCGCCGACGUGGUGAAGAUGUAUCGGCAGGUGCGUGUGCAUCCGAGCGAUACGCCGUACCAGCGAAUCUUCUGGAGGAAGGACCCGAACGAGCGCUUGCGAGUGCUUGAGCUGAACACCGUGACCUACGGAACGGCGAGCGCCCCGUUCCUCGCAAUGCGGUGUCUGGUGGAGCAGGCGGAGUCGGCGAAAGGCCGGUUCCCAGCAGCCGCCAAGAUCGUGAUCGAGGACAUGUAUGUCGACGACAUGCUGUCCGGAGCCAGCAACGAGAAGGAAGCAGUGAAACUUGUGCUGGAAGUGAAGAAGAUCCUGGAAGAGGGAGGUUUCCCAGUGAAAAAAGAUCGGGAGAAGCCGAAACCGAUCGAAGAGUACAGUGCGAACGAAGCCAUCAAGGCUCUGGGUGUCCUGUGGGACCCACGCGAGGAUGAGUUUCGUUUUGUGAACUGUUUGGAAGAGUGCGACGACAAACCAGUCUCGAAGGCGAAAGUGUUUUCGGACAUCCUGAAAGUGUUUGACCCACUGGGCUUCGUAGCCCCAGUCAUCGUGCUGGCCAAAGUGUUUAUGCAGAAGUUGUGGGCCAGCAAGAUGGACUGGGCUACCGAACUAAACGAAGAGCUUCUGUGUGAGUGGUUCGAGAUUCGAGAGUCUCUAACAGCGCUGAACGACAUUCGUGUGCCACGAUGCGUCGUGGUGCCCAACACGGUUCUGCACGAGCUGCACGGGUUCGCUGACGCGUCAACCGUUGCCUACGGAGCCAACAUCUACCUGCGCUGCAUCCGCGGGAAUGGGUCGGCCGAGGCCAACCUGUUGUGCGCGAAAUCCCGAGUUGCUCCGCUAAAGAAGCUGUCCGUGCCGAACCUGGAGCUGUGUGCAGCGCUGUUGCUUGCGCGGCUCGUCGUGAAGGUCAUCGAAACGCUGGAUCUGAAGCUGUCCGCUAUCGAGCUGUAUUCGGACAGCCAGAUUGUGCUCGCAUGGCUGAAGAAGGAUCCGAAUCUUCUGGAGACCUUCGUGCGUAACCGCGUCAUCCAGAUCUUCAACCUCACAGGUAAGUUCCGAUGGAAUUACGUGAGGUCAGCCGACAAUCCGGCAGACAUCGUCUCUCGAGGGAUGAGUCCCAAACUCUUGAGUCGGUGUCCGAAGUGGUGGAAGAGUCUUCUACCGCUGACGAGCGCUGCCUACGUUCCUGAAGAACCCCCCGAACUCGAGGACGACGAGCUGCCAGGGCUGGUAGCCAUCGUCUACAAAGUCACCGUCGUCGAGGAGAUGCCGGUGUUUAAACGGUUCGGCGAGUUCCGGAAACUCCAGCGCGUGAUCUGCUAUGUGCGCAGAUUCGUCCAGAACUGCAGGAGCAAGAAGUCUGGACAACCAAGGACGACGUGCGCCUACGUGACAGUUCCUGAAACGAGAGCGGCGUUAAAGUCCAUCAUCUGGUCGAUUCAAAUGGCAGCCUUACCAGAUGAGUUUUACCUAGCGAAGACCGAACAAACAUCCAGCCAGCUCGCGAGCCUGGCACCAAUCGUCGACGAGGACGGUCUGCUGAGAGUCGGCGGACGUCUGGAACAUUCGAGCCUCCCGUACGAGGCUAAGCAUCCCGUGAUCCUGCCCCGUCAUCACGUGACUACGUUGCUGGUCCGAGCGCUGCAUGUAGAGAACCUGCAUGUCGGCUCCUCCGGACUCCUGGCCAUCGUUCGACAGCAGUACUGGCCGCUGAAGGCGCGCAACGUAGUUCGCGACAUGACUCGCAAGUGCCUGCAGUGCUUCAAGGCCAACCCACGCAGGAUUGAACAGUUCAUGGGACAGCUUCCAGCGGAACGAGUGAACGUUGCAGCCCUCUUCGAGUACACCGGCGUGGACUACGCUGGACCUGUGACGGUGAAACAAGGCAAGUACAGACCUAAACUUACCAAAGCCUACAUCGCCGUGUUCGUCUGUCUGGUCACCAAGAACAUCCACCUGGAAUUGGUGUCAGACUUGACAACCGAGGCCUUCUUGGCCGCCCUGGAUCGCUUCGUCAACCGACGAGGCAUGGUGCGCAAGAUCUUCUCCGACAACGCGACGAAUUUCGUCGGGGCGUCACGAUCUUUGCGCGAAAUGCACGAGCUCUUCAAGCAGGACCUUCUGAAGCGUGGAAUCCAGGAUUUGCUCGUGCCCAAGGCAAUCGAGUGGAGCUUCAUCCCGCCCAGGGCUCCCAACUUCGGCGGAUUGUGGGAGGCGGGCGUGAAGAGCGUCAAGACACACCUGAAACAAACGCUGCAGAAUGCGGUGCUUACCUUCGAAGAAUUUGCUACCAUCUUGACGCACGUUGAAGCGGUCUUGAACUCUCGGCCGCUCUUCAGCUUGUCGGACAGCCCCGGAGAUCCCCUUCCGAUAACUCCGGCGCAUCUUCAACUCGGCAGGCCGCUGCGUCCUGUCGCCAAGCCCUCCCGUAGCGGUGUCGCGGACAACCGUCUGAACCGCUGGGAGUACCUGGACAAGCUUCGUGAGGACUUCUGGGGCCGCUGGUCCAGAGAGUACCUGACAAGUCUGCAGAACCGUGCGAAGUGGACCAAGAAAUCGCACAAUCUGCAGCCCGGAAUGCUGGUCCUCCUCGUCGAGGACAACCUUCCGUCGCAGACCUGGAAGGUCGGCAUCAUCGUCGAGACUUACCCCGGAAUGGACGCGCUGGUGCGUGUCGUGGACGUGAAAACCGGUUCUGGAGCAGUCUUCAAGCGGUCGGUAUCCAAACUGGCACCCUUGCCGACCGUGGACAACGACCGGCUUCUGGAGCGCUUCGGUGCUUCAGAUUAG